UUAAAAUAACGGUUAGUUGCUGGUGGAAAGCGUGUGGAGGGACAUGCACCUAAUGGUUGUCCGACCGAAUUCGCCAAGAACAAGGGACUGACUCAAAAGAAGGUCCCGCAUAAAGAGGGAGACAAUUAUGGAAAAUGUAUCCACAGGAUUAUUUCCUGGUGACACUUUUUGAGUAGGCAUCGGGUCCUCCUUGAGAGUUGAUCAUUUCCGGCACAACCAGGAAACACGUUGAAUAUUUUGAUGUUAAAAUAGCGUUUGGAUCAUCAUCUGAAUCUGAACACAAGCAAUGGCAAGCGAUUCGAUAACAGUUACAGUUGCAUAUGGCACAACGAAGCACAGUAUCACUUUGACAGGACAGGAUGGCAAUGAACCUCGGUUAAAAGAUCUAUCAGAAGCGCUGACUGAAGCUACUGGAGUACCAGGACCAUCACAGAAAGUCAUUUUCAAAGGGAAAUCAUUGAAGGAAAUGGACGAAACGCUUUCCAGUUAUGGCGUUAAACAAGGCUGUAAAAUUAUGUUGAUUGGGAAAAGGAAUAGCUCAGAGGAAGAAGCGGAACUACGAAAGCUUAAAGAUAUUGAGAAGUCAGUGGAACAGAAUGCCAAAAAGUUGGACAAAGUAGAUGGUGAACUUUCAGGGCUGAAGAAUGGAUUCCUUGCUAAGGAUCUGCAAGCUGAAGCCCUCAACAAACUGGACCACAGGGUGAAAGUUGCUGCAGAACAGUUUAUGAAGACAUUGGAACAGAUUGAUUCUUUGAGUUUCCCAGACAACUUCAGUGACUGCAAGAUGAAGAAAAAAGGUCUUGUGAAAACUGUCCAAGGAUUCUUGGCACAGUGUGACAGGAUCGAAGCUGGUAUAUCAGAUCAUCUGGCCAAAAUCCAAUCCAAGAACCUCGCCUUGGCGGAGUAGAACUGAUAGACCUCUUCCUCAUCCCUACUGUCCUUACCUAGACCAGCCUCUCUGUAUCUUGCUCUGUGAGCAAUGGAAAGUGGCACUGCAUUGAUUUCUGGUUCAUGAGCAGGUUCUAGGUUACCGUGCCCUGCUCAUUUAAGGCUUGCAAGAGUACAUGUUUGGACAUUUUUGAACUUGAAUGUUUAAGACAUAUCAAGCAACUUUGUAAACCUAAUUAUGUUAUGAGUGUUGAAUGUGGUUUUUCGUAAUUUUCCUGCAUUGUGUGAGGAAAGGUGUUGGCCCCCAGUUCCUCCUGUAGUGUUUUAUUCGGAAUAAACAAUUUGGGCCCAAACUAACCAUCAGCAAUGAUUUGGUGUGUGCAUUUGAAAUAUUUUCACAUUAGUGCCCGCUUUGUGUGCUUGCUUGAGUGCUUAAUCAUUUGGAUUGUGCAUUGCAGUCAAAGAAUAGACAAUGUUAUGGCUCAAGGUCUAGAAGAUCUCACAUUUGUCAUAUAUAGAACUUACAGAAUCAAGAAAGUCAGUCAAGAAAAGCCAGGAAAUCAUUUUUGGUAAGGCUUUAUAAGCUUUAGUUUUAUCCUUGACUUGAAGAUGGCCUGUUAUAACCAUACUGUUAGAUGUGUCUUGUUAAGAUCAUUGUCUUUUUCAUGUGGGUUAGUCUUUGAUUCUACCCCCUUCAACUGGAGAGUAUUGUGAUUAAUAUUGAUGGUCUAGGAUGAAAUAUAUGGAAAUCUAAGACUCGUACUUAUCUUAUGUAAAAACUAGAUGGAUUGUAUGGAAUUAUUCAUUCAUGUGCAGUUGGACAUGUAUUCCAUUGUUCUGCAUCUCAUGUCAAGUCAAUAAAAAAUUCUGUGUACCAUCA